CAAUGAUAUAAUAUAAGCCGGCUGCCUUCAAUCCGUUACUUCCCAGCUCAGUCAUGUCGAGGAUGAAGUCUGCAGUCAGUAUAGUUGUUAUGAUAGUUGUAACACAAAUAGGACAAACAUUUGCAGCUUGCAAGAAAGAUAUUAGUUUAUCUGAUGACCUACUGGACCUGUUAUGUAAAUGUCGAAAAGAAAAGAAUGCAUUUGACGGACUAACAAGUAAAACCCGUCCUGCGUUUACUGUAUCACUGACUCCUACAAAAGCUCUUGCAGCAAAAGAAGUUAUAAAGUUUAAUAAAGUCUGGUUGAACACUGGUAAUAUUUAUGAUCCUAAAACUGGCGUGUUCACUGUACCAAUGAACGGUUUAUAUUUGGUGUCAAGUUCUAUGAUGUCUACCCAUGGAAAACAUCUGCAUUGUCACAUGGUGAAAAAUGGUCAGUUAAAUGUAGGAGCGUUUGGUACAGGAUAUUCUCAAGGUACUUUGAAUGCUAUAAUGGACUUGAAGAGGUACGACAAAUUGUCAAUAAAACAGGACGGUCAAAGUGGUGAGGUUGUGCAUGGUACCCACUGGUCAAUGUUCUCAGCUUACCUUAUAUCUGAAUGAAAAAAAAUAAUUCAUAUCUAACUAUACAUCGUAGUUCUACUAUGUCAUUGUUUAUUUUGUCCUAUUGUCUUGGUGUAUAUUAUUUGUCAUUAAGGCAUACACCCAUUAUAAUUUGAGUGUGUGUGAGAAGUAUACUGAUUGUCAUUAAAACUUUUCCAUACAUACCAUAUCUGGGAUAUUCAACAUACCAGUUUAAUUUAACUACCGUACUAAUAUACCUCUUUUGUUUA